AUGCCUGAAUUAAACAAGCAUAUUCGAGAAAGAAGACGACCUCAGGAAGAUAUAAGCACCGAUAAUUCUGAAAAUAAUGAAAUGUUUGGUUUAGACAACCAGAUUAGAGAACAUCAGGAAAAUUUAGAUGGAAAUGUUGAAAAUGAUGAAAUAAAAAUAAGAAAUUUGAAAAAGAUCUUGGAUAAUAUCGUAACAUACCGUCGCGUUGCCAACAUAUUGGAGACAAGUCCAGCAUUUAAAUCACACUCUCAUAUAUCCAAGGAAUUACGAUAUUUUUCUGAUAGAUUAUUGGACGCGA